AUACUACAUUUGGAUGUAUAAGCGCGAAAAAGAGAGUUUAUGUCUAUUAUCAGGUUAGAAUGUGAGAAAUUAUAUACACGAAAAAACUGAAAAGGAAUGAAGUGUGAAUGUACAUGACUUUUCAGAACUAUUUUGGAUUGGAUGAUUAUUUCCAAGCCUUAAUUUGAAGUGCAAUACAAAUUGAAUAUAGAAACUACUAUUGAUAUUUUGCACAUGAAUAUUGAAAAUGGAAAGGAUGAUGUUAUUCUGUAAUUGACAGAGAGAUAUUAUUUUCAUUCUCCUUGGACUGAUAAAUAUAUAUUUUCACGAAAUUUUACUGAGUACACUAUGAUAAUUUGCAAAAUAUGACAUGUAGUACUCUGUCAAUAUUAAUGAUAGUAUGAAGCUGCAUAUAUGUUUACUCCCUUUGUUAUUAUUAUUUCAUAUAUUGUGUGUAUCAAGUCAUUUAAACAGCAACUUUAUAAAAUAUGAUAACGUUACCGCCAAAUCUCCACUGUAUGAUGUACCUAUAUCUUCAAGCACUUCUUGUUGCAAUGAGCAAGAAGUGAAAGUCACAUUUUCUUCUAGCAUAGUUGAGAAUGAGUAUAUAGUUAAAUUUAAGGAUUAUUACAAGGCAGAUGUACGGGAGAAUUACAUAAGAACUGUGCUAAGCUCAUUUGGCAUUAAAAACUGGAAAAUUAUACCUCGUAACAAUGCAGCAUCUAAAUAUCCCAGUGACUUUGAUAUCGUGCUUUUGAAAGAAAUAGAUCAAGACCAAGCAUUAAAAGUACUAAUCGAUCAUCCACUUAUUAAAACUGUGACACCUCAAAGACUUAUACAAAGAACAUUAAAGUUUGUUAAUACAAAUGAUUCUUAUGUCUUAGAACAUAAAAACUUCAAAAGAAGAAUCAAUGAUCAUUCUUUUUCUCAUAAAAUUCAAUCUAGACAAUCAACGAAUCGACAUACAGCUAGAAGAUUGUUAAGAGUUAUACCGAGACAAAUUACAACUAUACUUGAAGCUGAUAAAUUAUGGAAGAAGGGCAUUACUGGAAAAAACGUAAAAGUAGCAAUAUUUGACACUGGACUUGCUGCUAGUCAUUCACAUUUUAAAAACAUUAAAGAAAGAAUAAAUUGGACAAAUGAAAAUACUCAGGAGGAUGGUCUGGGUCAUGGCACAUUUGUAGCAGGUGUUAUUGCAUCGUCUUCCGAUGAUUGUCCAGGUUUUGCUCCAGAUGCAGAGCUUUACAUUUUUCGUGUUUUUACAAAUACUCAGGUAUCUUAUACUUCGUGGUUCUUGGAUGCAUUUAAUCAUGCUAUAUUUCGUAAAGUAACAGUGUUAAAUCUAAGCAUUGGUGGUCCAGACUUUAUGGACCAACCAUUUGUUGAUAAAGUAUGGGAAGUUACAGCUAAUGGUAUCAUUAUGGUAUCAGCAAUUGGCAAUGAUGGACCUCUAUAUGGCACCUUAAAUAACCCUGCCGAUCAAAUGGAUGUUAUUGGCAUUGGAGGCAUUAAUUGGGAUGAUCAAUUAGCAAGAUUUUCUUCGCGCGGUAUGACUACAUGGGAAUUGCCAUAUGGAUAUGGUAGAGUUAAACCUGAUCUUGUCACAUAUGGGUCUGGGGUAAGAGGAUCCGCUUUACAGAAUGGAUGUAGACUCCUUUCUGGUACUUCUGUUGCUAGUCCUGUUGUUGCUGGUGCGGUUGCUCUAUUAGCUAGUGCAUUUGUACAAACAAAUGAAUCUGGAUUCAUUAAGAAGAUAACACCAGCGAGUAUGAAGCAAACCUUGAUAAAUUCAGCUUUCCGCUUACCUGGAAUUAGUAUGUUCGAGCAAGGCGCGGGAAAAUUAGAUCUCCUGCGAGCAUAUAAUUAUUUGCAAUCAUCCGUAUCUCCUGUUGUUACACUCUAUCCAAGUUACAUAGAUUUGACGGAGUGUCAAUAUAUGUGGCCGUACUGUACUCAAGCUAUGUACUAUACUGGUAUGCCAACGAUAAUCAAUGUGACUAUAAUAAACAGUUUGGGUGUAGCUGGAAAUGUGGUAAAUCUUACGUGGCAUCCGUAUGCCGGCAACGGCAAUGGUGAACGUAUUGAUGUAGCGAUAACGUAUAGUGAUGUUUUAUGGCCAUGGACAGGCUGGUUAGCAGUUGCUAUAACAGUUCCAUCGACGUCUCACGACUGGCAGGGCAUCGUAAAAGGCCAUAUUUCACUCACUGUUGAGAGCGAUGGAGCAGGUAAACCACAACAAUCGACGGUAGAGCUUCCAUUACAAGCAAAAAUUAUACCUACCCCUCCUAGAUAUAAACGCAUUUUAUGGGAUCAGUAUCAUAAUUUGCGGUAUCCAGCUGGAUAUUUCCCCAGAGAUGAUUUACGUGUAAAGAAUGAUCCGCUUGACUGGAAUGCAGAUCAUAUACAUACAAAUUUUAAGGAUAUGUAUCAACAUUUGCGUAACGCCGGAUAUUAUCUCGAAGUGCUAGGCCAUCCAUUUACUUGUUUUGAUGCAAAGAAUUAUGGUACUCUACUUAUUGUAGAUACAGAAGAAGAAUUUUUCCUGAAGAACAUAAUAAACUGUUUUCAAUUGCAGGUGGCUAAAUUAAAGCGAGACGUGGAAGAUGAUGGUCUGUCGGUAAUCAUUUUUGCAGACUGGUAUAAUACAGCAGUCAUGCAAAAGAUCAAGUUUUACGAUGAAAAUACUCAUCGGUGGUGGAUACCUGAAACGGGAGGUGCUAAUAUUCCAGCGUUAAAUGAUCUUCUUUAUCCUAAUUGGGGUGUGGCAUUUGGCGAUCAAGUACGAAGUGGUCAGUUCACUCUUGGUCAACAUACGCCAGUUAUAUUCGCGUCAGGGACUACAAUAACUAGAUUUCCAAAGGACGGAAUCGUUUUAUAUGCGGAGUUACAUGAUCAAGGCCAGGAAUUCCUGGAGAAAGAAUCGGGGACAUCUACACUUGUACCAAUUCUUGGACUUUUACAAAUUAUCAAUGAAAAAUUUACUGCAUCAUUAUAUGAUAUUGAAGAAGUAGACAAUGAUCAAACUAAUAAUGAACCAGCUAAUAAUAAUGAUAAAGAGAAUUACGUCAAAAAACAGACGAAUACUAUGCCCGGCAGACUUGUCGUUUAUGGAGAUUCAAAUUGCAUUGAUGACAGUCAUUUACAAAAAUCUUGUUUUUGGAUGCUUGAUGCUAUCUUAGAAUAUACAACAACAAGUUACAUACCUAAUAUUUUUAUGAACGAAAAUCAAAGAAAUCACAAGACUGUUAAAAUCACUAGUAAUAUAGAGAUUGGAAAGUUACCACUUCGAAUGGAAGGAAAUCAUUUUAGUCAUCAUAGUAAAGUGUUGAUGACCAAUAGGCCAGCAGGCACUUUCAACCCUCUUCCGUCAUGCCCCAUCCCUAUUUAUGCUGUACCAGUGUUAGUCAAUGAAUCUGUGCCAAUAGAUCGUUACAAGCCUCAGAAAAUGUUGUCUGUAGGAGAUGCUAUAAGUGCAGCAAAUUCAGUACUACAAGAUACAGAGACCUUGUGGCUUAAAAGAAGAGUCGGCGGUGCUAGUAUUCCUACAUUACAACAUCUUGACAUUGACAUUAUGGCUUAUGAUGUGACAGAAAAUGAUGGAGAUGAUCAAACGGUUGAAUAUCAAUGGAAUUAUAUAGUAAUAAUUAUUAUUAUAGUGAUAUUUAUUGUAUAUUUAUUAAAUCGAUGGAAAUGUUUGGGGACAAAGAGACAUUCGUGCAGAAAACGUACAAUUGUCAGAAUACGUAGAGCCAUUCAAACUAUUGCUAUGCCUAGAAUACCUGCACAAAUGUAAUUUCAUAUAAUUUUACAAGAUCUAUCACUAUGUUAUAAUAUACAAUA